AUGAACUCCGAACCUUCUGAAGAAGCUAUUACCGAGUUUAUCAGCUUCACUAGCACCACCCGCCCGCGUGCGAUCAACUUCUUGAAGGUCGCCCAUGAUGGCGACUCGCAAAAAGCUAUAAAUGCAUACUACGAAGAUCCAACGGGACCUCAUUCGCCAAGUACCAACUGGCAAAAUGAGAGCAACUUGACUCCGUUUGGUUACAACGACCAAGAACACGGCCCUCGAAUGCCUGCCACCGCCCCUCCCUCCCGUCCUCCUUCGAGAGUGAACAUGCAUGACACAACCAAGGCUGCUGGUAAUGAUGGGCCAACCGCGAUCAACACAUCGGGCAACUCAGCGGCGACCGGGACCGGACCAGGACUCAGCUUAGCAGAGCGCGAGGAGCAGGAAUUGCAGCGGGCGGUGGCCAUGUCCCUCAACCAAGGCAUGGGUACGCAAGAGACUGGAGUGACGACAGCAGUCCCGGAUAGCCCGCCUCACUUCGGGAAAGCCACGCGCGAUCACUACAAUGAAGGUGACUGGGCUAUGACCCUGUUUAAUGAGACAUCACAUGAAGUCACCCUCAGCCCGGACUGCGAGGAUCGCAAGAGAUUGAACGGCGAGCCAGCAUUCAUCCGCCCAUCACAGGACAAUCUCUAUCUAGGAGCGUUUCUCACAAUCCUUCACGAAAUUCCUAUGGCGCGAGAAGCAUUACUUUUAAGAAACAAACUUCUCUUUGACUAUGGGCUUGAUACACAGUGGUGGAAUGGGCAACCGAUAAAUCUGCCGAAAAUCGUGACUGUCCACGAUGGAAGGGGAGAUAGCGAUUGGGAAGACCUUAUUCAUGAGACCCAGCGGUUAAUGGCUUUCCUGGAUUCUACAGAGCGUGCCUUUGGGAGUAGUGAUGCACUUGCUGGUCUUAAACAGAUGAACUGGCUAUCUUCCGACUCUGAAGAGGCGGUCGCACGAUUCCUCGAGACAUGGAAUUCUGCUGCAAUUCGAGCCGAUCCCAAUAAUCCGUUAGUCGCAACUUUCGUGUCACGGGCUUACAAAAAAACACCAUUUGAAGACGGCGACGAACCGAUCUCAAAAGAGCUUUUUGUAUUUGAACCUGCAGUCGAAGAUCCAGGGCAGACGCUCUACGACGUCUUGGACACGGCUAUCUGGAGUGACAAGCCCGGGGAAGAUCUUGACGAUGUAUGGCUGGAGCAUGUUGGUGACAUUUUAGUCAUGAAGCUUGAUUCGUCCGAGAAGGCAAAACCAGUGGACGUGAAAAUUCCUGCUGUCUUUUACCCCGACCGUUAUUUGAGCACCUGUCAAGACGUCGCGCGUGAUAUGCGCGUUAAAAAGCUCGAGGCUGAGGAAGCUGUGUCAAAAAUCGAACAGCAGAUCGAGCAUUUUACUUCACCACCAAACCCUCUCAGCGGUCUCACAAGAAUGGAUAUACUUAAAAAGACCGCUGCCGCGGUGCCUCUAGCUCUGAAGACAGCCAUUAAUGGCAAUCUGGGCAAAUUGACACCAGAGGAGGGACAAGAGAGAGCGGAGCGGAUUCCCCAACAGCUGCGCGCACUAGCUGCCAAGAUUGAUGAGAAACUGAAGGGGCUCGAGAUUCAGAAGCAGAGGGCACUAGAAACCAUGCACAGCUACUCCAGGAUGCUUACUGAACCAUCAGAGUCUCCACAUGAGUCUCCUUCGCACAAAUACACGCUAAGAGGUGUCUGCACCGAGCCCCACAUCACUUACGUUUUGAAAGGCUAUCAAGCUAAGGAAGAGGGAGAUGUCAUGGAUGUCGAUGGCAAAGACUGCCCUCAAUGGUGGCGGAUCAGUUUCUCCGCCGAGGACGGUAAGACUCGGCAAGCCGAGAAGAGACAGGCCCAGGGCGACGAAUCAACCCCACAGAAUGGGGAUGUCAUGGGCUAUACUGCCCGGAAAGUAUCGGAGACUGAAGUCCUCCGCGCAGCUAGUGAGGAUUGGAAAUCAGUCCUGCUGGUCUAUGCUAGUGACGCGGCUUUGAAUGCCCCAGUAGACCCUGCACCUUUACAGCUACAGGACUUCGUGAACAAAGACAAUGAGGCAUUUGCGGCCGAAUGCAGUCAAGAUACUAGCAAUUCAGACGAUAGCUGGAAUCAGCCAACUUGGAACCAGAAGGCCAUGGAGGAGCAGGCUCAGCCCCCUACACCGCAGCAGGAUCGGGUUGUGAACGUUUUCGAUUACGAAGUACAAGACUUUGAUGGCGAGACACGCGGGCAAGAAAUGCAAGAGAAACCAGGAUCAUGGAGUGCGACCCAGUCAUUGUCUCAAGCCAUAGAUGAUAACGAUACGUGGAGGGUGGAGAGCGACGAAGAUAUGGCAGAUCACGUCGAACAUGCAUCUAGCAAUUGA